AUGGGAAAAUAAAAAUUUAUACCUUUCUUAACUUAAUUCAAUUUUAAUUUUAAUUAAUUUCUAAAGAUUUAAAAGCAAUAUUUGAGGUUAAAAGUGUUGAAAAUAUCUAGAUUGCAUAAUUAAUUUUAGAUGUUCAAUCAUUCUGAUAAUAAUUAUAAAUCUAUUGGACUCUAAUUUUAAAUCAUAAAUUCUUUGGGAGUAUCCAGUAUUUAAAUAACAGAAGUUUAAAUUGAAGUAAUUUAUAUCGUCAAACCCCAGAAUUUAAAUAAUCAAUGAUAAUUAAUUUGUACAGCCAAAAAUAUUGAUUAAGAUGGAACUAUUCUUAGAGAUGGCAUUUUUAUGUAAGAUUACAAUAAAUAUGUCAACUUAAUAACUGAUUCAUCUUCUUUUACUGAUCUUCACAGUUAUCAAUGUCAAAGUUGUUAAUCCACUCUUGUUUGUCUAAAAUAUCCAUAUGGCUUUUAUUUAGAUACUAAUAAUUAAUGUAUUUUGGAUUUUGGGGCAUUCUUGA